UUUCGUGCAUCUGCUGGUUCAGGUAUUGUUUGUCUAAUUCAUGGGCGGGCUCCUGAUGUAUCAACAAUUCAUUUCCAACCCGUAGUCCCUCAUUAUACCUUGCGUUCCUCUCGUCGGAAAGACCUCAUUGCAUCGACUGUUAGCGAUUGUGAGAUAUCUCCCGCGUAGAUGACUUGAUCAUCACAGCGAAAUAUCGUGGGCUCGACGCCGUCGCCUUGCCUUCUGCACAGUCGGGCAUCAAUAUGCUUUCUUCGACGGAAAACUCCAAUUCUUUUGGCCACUUCGGCAGCCAGUGGUCGAGAAACUCGAGUUGGGGGGAUAAUUCAAGCUUCUCACAGGCAGCCUACAAUGGCAGUUCGACGUUUGGUGUCAUUACCGAGCUGAAGUUCCAGGCUGCAAAAUCGUCACGCCAGUCUACCAUCAUCCUUACAGCGUUCAACAUCGUUUCCGCGGCGGCAACGGCAGCAGGGAUCCUUUACAACAACUAUCUGAUUAUGAAGAGAUCACCGCUGAGGCGGAAACAACGGGUCAAUAUUUUUACGUGCGUUCGAGGUUCAGAUGUAUAUCCUUUCAUCCUUUCGGUAGCCAUUGUUGUCCAAGGUAUAAUAUUUGCUGUCUCGCAAGCUCAAGGUUUGGACAGCCUUUUCCAAUCCGGAUGCGCUUUGAUAUCACAAUUCAUGUGGCCUGGAAUUUUCAUUGUACCCUAUACACAACUCGUUUUCUCCGUCGAAACUGCCUUGCGAGCGCUCAAAUCAGAUCCAUUCCCCCCGAGGGGCAAAUGGACUGUGCCAAUCUGCUUGACGAUCGUUAAAAUUGCAUUGCUUGCCACCGGACUAGUCACUUUCUUUAUUCGCGCGCCGAACAUCUGUUUUGCUUCUCUCUUCUGGUUUGUGGCGAAAUGGGCAGAAGGGGGCUUCGCGAUCCUGAUAGGCAUUGCCAUGAUGAUGGUGGCUUGCGCUGUAACAAUAUAUCUUAAGCUCACGAGACAUUCGAUGAUAGAGGACGAAGAAAGAGUUGGCGCUUCUCGGAUGAUCUACUACAUCGUACUUGCGAUCAUCCCCAACGUUUUGAUGAUCCCAUUCUUUGGUUAUCUAUCUUUUGGAAAUCCAUUCGAAAAUGGUGGCGGAACCGGAUUGACGUUGUCAAUGGUUUCUACAGUUGUCUCCAACGUGACUGGACUCAUGACUGGCGGGCUCUACUUGUUCCUUCGAUCCAGCACUAUCGCUUGUAUCACUCCGAAAAACAAGCUUGACGAAUACGAGCGACGACAGGUAAACUAUCAAGCUAGAUUACGAAAACCUGGCGAGACGGAUUUUAACAGUCAUAUCAUGAAACCGGUAGCAGCGCCUCAGUGGCUACAUGGUGCAGAGUCACAAGAGAAGCCAACAAUACAAGAUAGCAAUAACUGCUAUGAAUCACAAGGCGGAACUUGGCCCAUUGUUGCAGAUGGCCCGAACCCUCUGAGAUUAAACACAGCUUUCAAGCAAAUGCCAGCCCUACGAAGUCCAACUGACACCCAAACACCAUUAUCCAUGAUGCCAUCACGAAAACAAUCAACAACAUCGUACACACUGUUCCCAAAUCAAAGCCUAGAAAGAGCGUCGAAAGUCUUGCUACCCGCCACGACGUACUCGCCUAACGCAGGCGAGAACUUAGGCAAUGACUUUUAUGGCAUGCUUAUACCACCGCCAUCUAUCCGGCAACCAGGGUUUCACCAUCGACGUGAGUCCUCCAUGGCCUCAUCUGCAACAGUACAGAUAGGUCUACGCCUUUCAAAUGUCGAGGACGUGCGGCCAGCGACUGCCAGCACUGUUGGAGUACCUGAACGGACACAUGACUUGGGCUGUCCUGAAAACCCGAAAAUCGAGCUCAUGAAUAGGCCAGCUCCUCUAUUAACCAGAGAUAGCGUAUCGUCGUCACCAAUGUCGCAGCAAUUUUUUAGACCAACCCAGCCGGAAAAUGCAAUGAAGAACUUGCCAUCGGUCCCUCAAGACUCUCGAGUUGAAACAGAAAACGCACCCAUUCUCAACCCGACUGUGUACAGUCCAAAAAGCCCUACCAAAGGAAAAGUUCCAAGUCCCAAAGGAGUGGGUUUUAAUGUACCAACAAGAAGUGUUACCACGCCUGUUGAAACGAUCGAAGUGAGAAGUCUAGUUUCUCACCCUAGCGGGGACCCUGUUGCUGGAGAUGCAGACAGAACUAAUUGGAUAUGAAUGACGAAUUAUUGCGUCUUGGUUCCAGAGUAUUAAGGCUACCUUGAUACUUCUUCAUCUCUUAUAUCGAGAUUCUCGAUUUAAAUCAUACCUAUUAU